UUCCAACACUUACCAGGAAGAGACUGACUUAUUAUUUCUCUUUUCUGUCAUACUGACUCUCUUCUCUCUUGACAAAAGUAAUAAAGAAUCAGCGAUCAGUGGAGAAUGAAGAGAAACACUUUCAAGAAGGAUUUUUGAGACAUUUGUUUCUGAACAGACAGCAGAUCGUUGUGAUUCUCAAGGUGAUUCAUUUUUAAAACCGUCGAUCAGAAAGUGAAAGUAAAGUUUAUAUUGCUGGAGCUCAAACAGUGAAAAUGGCUUCACUAAAUGAAGAGCUUUCUUGUCCCGUGUGCUGUGAAAUCUUCAAGACUCCUGUUCUUUUAUCAUGUAGUCACAGUGUCUGUAAAGAGUGUCUUCAACAGUUCUGGAGAACCAAGAAAACUCAGGAGUGUCCUGUCUGCAGGAGAAGAUCCUCAAAAGAUCAUCCUCCAGUUAGUCUCGUGUUAAAAAACUUGUGUGAGUUGGUCCUGAAGGAGAGAAAUGAGACGCGUUCAUCAGGAUCUGAAGAGAUCUGCAGUUUACACAGUGAGAAACUCAAACUCUUCUGUCUGGAGGACAAACAGCCUGUGUGUGUAGUGUGUAUUAAUUCACAACAACACGACAAUCACAAAUUCAGACCCAUCAGUGAAGUGGUUUCAGCAUAUAAGGAGGAGCUCAAUACAGCACUGAAGUCCUUACAGAAGAAACUUCAACACAAUGAAAAAAUUAAAGGAGAGUUUGAGAAAACAGUUCAACACAUCAAGUCUCAAGCUGAGCACACAGAGCGUCAGAUUAAACAGCAGUUUGAGAAGCUUCAUCAGUUUCUCAGAGAUGAAGAAGAAGCUACAAUCACUGCACUGAGGAAGGAAGAGGAGCAGAAGAAGCAGAUGAUGAAGGAGAAGCUGGAGGAGAUGAACAGACACAUCUCAGCUCUUUCACACACAAUCAAAGACAUGGAGGAGAUGAUGAAAGCCAAUGACGUCUGCUUUCUGAAGGAGUUUCCAGUCUCAAAGGAAAGAGUCCAGAGCUCACAGCCGGAUCCACAGAUGGCUUCUGGAGCUUUGAUUCAUGUGCCGCGUUACUUGGGCAACCUGCCGUUCAGAGUCUGGAAGAAGAUGCAGGACAUCGUCCAAAACACUCCUGUGAUUCUGGAUCCAAACACUGCAAAUCCAUAUCUCGUCCUGUCUGAUGAUCUGACCAUUGUGAGAUACAGCGGGAUCGAUCAACCUCUUCCUGAUAAUCCAGAGAGAUUUGACUGUCAUUACUGUGUUCUGGGUUCAGAGGGUUUUAACUCAGGAACACACUGCUGGGAUGUGGAGGUUAAAGAGAAUGUAUGCUGGACUCUUGGAGUAACUACAGCAUCAAACCAGAGGAAGGGAUUUGAUUUCUUCAACACUGAUGUCUGGAGUGUGUGGUAUGGAUGGAAUCCAGGUUCUGGUUUUCGUGUCAAAAAGAAGCUUGAUCGUGUGAGAGUGAAUCUGGACUAUGACAGAGGAACGGUGUCAUUCUCUGAUCCUGUAACUAACACACAUCUACACACACUCACACACACCUUCACUCACACACUCUUUCCAUUCUUCUGGUGUUCUCCCUCUCUGAGGAUCUUACCGGUCAAUAGUCAGUAAUUGUCACUCCUGUAGGUCUGGAUCUUCCUGCUUUCAUCAUGUUUCCAAUAUUUAAUCCAGAUCACAUGAGUAAGAGUGCUGUUGAUCUGAAUAUCAGUACAGUGGCUGUGAAUGGGCCGUGAUGAUCACAUGGCUGAUAUCAGCACUACAGCAACACUCACACUCUCAUAUUUCAUAUCAACAGAUCAAUAAACAACAAGUUUAUUUAAUUAGAGUUUAGAUGAAGUUUAAAAAGCAUUUUACACAAGAACAAUUUUUUAGACCAUUGUAGGAUAAUGACUUGAUUAUUUUUAGUGAAGUUUGUCAAUUUGCUAAAUUUCACAUAAUUAUAUUUUUUUUUCUAGAAACUGAUCCUAAUUCUACACAGUUUCAGUGAAUUUGUAAAUGAAUAAUUGUUUGUUUCAGUUUAAAUGAUCAUGUGUUCACUAAAAUACAUGUAAAUGAUGAACACUUAGAAACUCUUGAUUAGCAGCAUUUAUGGAUCUAAUUUUAAAAAACAAAGUCAAAGUUUCUGUGAUUCACUGAAAUCUGACAAAGACUGAGCUUCAGAACAGAAUCUGAUGAUCUCUAGUUUUAAAAGUUUUGAACUACAGCAUCAUUCAGACACAUGCAUUGAGAAUCAGCGCAUGAAUCUCAACAAUGACAAUCAAAAGCUUCAUGCCGCAGUGCAUGCUGGGAGUUUUGUAUGCUGGCACCCAGCAUGCAUUGUAGCAUUAAGCUUUUGAUUGUCACCAUUUCUGAUGUGUGAAUGAUGCAGUACCUCUGAAUGUGUUAUGUGAUGAUGUCAUAAUCAUCAUGAUUGUGUGAUUCGCUGAUCUCAUCCUGUGUCUAUAAAUCACAGAGUCUUUCUUUGGUGUAAAAUAGUUCCUAUCAGAUCACAUCUAACAAUCAUUACAGGUAGUAAGUUAGUUUCACGUCAUCUACUUACUGCUUAAUUUAGUUCUUACAACAUUGUGUGGAGCUGCUAGAUGUUUAUUAAGAUUAAAAGUAGUUUAUUUUGUUUAAAAUCUGUAGGAGGUGGUGAGAGGGUCUUUUACCCCACAGACACACGGAGCAAAACCAGCAUGAGGCAGAAGACACACAGUAAUGAUACAAACACUUCAGCUAAAAUAAUGUUUUUUUAAUAAUGUCUAAUUUAAUACUUGUUUAAAACAGUCUCUUUAGCAAAGUUUGUACUAUUUUCUGUUUUUGUUUUGAUAAAUAAAAUAAUUCAUUUUUGUUCAAUAAACAUACUGUUAUUAAAAUAUGUUCAUUUUAAAAAUACAGAAACAAAAUUAUUUAAAAAAUGUAAAGAUUCUGAAAACAUUGAAGAAGAUCACAUAAUAAUUGAACCUCUGGUGCUCCUUAUUUGUAAAUCACACUCAUCGUCCUCACGGUCAAAAGUGACCGGACACCUGUAACGUAACCUUAUUUUUUCAGUAAAAUCAUUCUAAUUCAUUUUUGUUUAAUAAUAUUUGUCUUUUUGCAUUUUGAGAGGGUUUUGUGGUGAUAAUUAAUAUUAUUAUAAAUAAUAUUAUUAUUAAUAUUUAUGCAGUAAUUAAUAUCCAUUUUCCCCAUAGAAAAUAUAUAUAUUUUUUCAAUUUAUGCAGUAUUUCAGGUUAAAGGACUUUAAAAUCCAAAUUUUUGAAGGCAGAUUAGCGCCAUCUGUUGAGAGUAUAGAAAGAAAGCAUGUAAUAUCAUGGUGUAACCACUAGUUGCCUGUAUAGCUCUCUAUAAAGCAGCUUGUGAAUUGCCUAGUUGUUUUUAGACAUAAUUACAUAUUUGUAUUAGGUGGAAGAUUUGAAUAUAUAUAAGUAUACUUUUUGUCAAAUUUUAGAUAUUUUUUUGUUAGAAAUAGUGAUUUGAAGUGUUAGUUUUUUGAUUAGUUGAUUCCAGUCAAACCUGAACAUUGUGUUUGAAAGAGACACAAGGAAGCAUUUUGUUGCCAUUUUUUUAUUCAGAAUUUAAUAAUAAUUAUUUGAAAAAAAUGCAAUUCAUUCAGCCAUAAUGCUUUAUGUAAACAUUUUUCAAUGAACAUGACUAAACUGGAUUUUUCUGUAUUUCUUUCUUUACUACUUAUGCUCGUCACAGAGCUCCUGCAAAACAACAAAAAAAAUAAUAAAAAAAUAAGAAUGAUUGGAGCGUGUGAAGAAACAAGCCUGAGUUUUCAAGUGCACUGACAAACCCAAGCUUCUCAUCGCUGUUCGAUGCAGAUUUCCCAUUCAUUUCCAGUGUCUGUUUUGCACCCUUGAUGUUUUAGUGUCACCCAUUAUUACUAAAUUAUUGAAUUGAUUUUACAUACCUUCAAAACUUUGCUCUGUCAGCAGUUCAUAGGUGUGUGUGUGUGUGUGUGUGUGUGUGUGUGUGUGUGUGUGUGUGUGUGUGUGUGUGUGUGUGUGUGUGAAUGGAUGUUUAUUUCACAGCGUUGAUGUUUUAUAGUGUCACUCCUUCACUGCUGUGAGCUUUUUCUGCAUUAUGACUGAAUUAUUGAAUGGGUUUCACAUAUUCUCAAAACUUUGCUCUGUGUUACUGACACAUUGAUUCAUAGGUGUGUGUGUAAUGUUAGAGCAGUGGUCACAAACUCAAUUCCUGGAGGGCCACAGCUCUGCACAGUUUUGCUCCAACCAGUGGCGGAGCCAGGAUUUUUUCAUAGGGGUGGCCAGGCAGGGGCCAGCAACGAGUCUGGGGUGGCACAGAAAUCUUCAUUAUUUCAACAUAAAAAUGAGGCUGACUAUAAUGUACUGGACUGUGCCUACAACACAACCAUGAAUACAGUUAAUUUGUAGCCUUAAUUGUGAUUGAGAUAGUGAAUUAGAUCAAGGAAUGCUGAGUGAAAUUGACCUUUUUUUUUCUUCUUCUUUUUUUUAAUCAUUCCUCACUUGCAGGCAUAUCAAUAAAGGGGCUCACACUAUAGCUACAUUUCAACUUGUUCAGUCAGUUCUGGUUCUCAAAACCCCCAAUAGCUUGUUCUCCAUUGUUGCAUCUCCAUGGAUGAGACAUGCAAAUAACUACAUACUGAUUACUUACAUACUGAUCUACAUAAGAUUAUUCAACCUUCAUUCAAUUUUAUGUAUAAUCAAUGAACUUCAACAAUUCUGAGUUUGUCUGUUUCAAAAACUAACCAAAAAAGUAAACACUAAAUGUUUAACUUUCUAUAUAGUCAAAAUAAAUAAUUGCAACAGUUCUAUCAUACCUAAAUUAAACUCAGUGCAAAG